CCUGUCGUUUUUUAAAACUAGGCAGCAUUUAGAGGCGAAUCAAAUGGGCUAAGAAGCAAUGAAGAUUUAGAGGCGUUGCAGUCCCUGCAGAGCGGAUUUCAGAAGUGCAUAGUAAGUAAAAAUCCGAUUCGUGCUUGUUUCAGUGAUGUCACUCGGAAUCAAUCGAAUCUUUACUUAUGAUUUGUUGAUUUUAUGGGAGACUUUCAAAAAAAAAAGAGAGUUUAUUUUGGAAUGAUGUUAGAAUGCAAAUGGCUUGGGACUAGAAGCUGCUGCUACCGGUAGAGAUUACUGUAAAGUAUCAAUCAACUUCCCAAAGGAUACUAUUCUCAAAUGGGAAGAAUACCCAAGCAUGCGUUUAUCUCUUGGUUGGUGGCCUGGAACAGAUUGGCAACUCGAGACAGGCUUAGAGCUUGGGGUCUUGAAGUACCUCCAAACUGUCUCCUUUGUUCCGGUUGUGAAGAGUCUAGACAGCACCUGUUCUUUGAUUGUGUAUACAGUUAUGAGAUAUGGAUGUACUUCUGCUCACGCAUCCAAGUUAAUCCUCCCACAGGGUUUGAAGAUUGUCUCAGGUGGCUAAAGACUUCUUCAACAGAUCCUAACAUCCUCUUGAUCAUAAAACUCGUCUUCCAAGCGGUUGUGUACAUGAUUUGGAAGGAAAGAAAUAGUCGCCUCCACUCCAGCGUGAGUAGACCCCCUCAAGCCAUCAUUCAAGAGGUUAAACAAACCAUCAGACUGAAACUUGAUCCCCUAUCUAGGAACAUGAGAAUCACAAGCAGCUCCUCUCUCACUUAUUUGGGUACUUGGUUAAGUAUCUUUUAAGGGCAUUGUUAAGUCCCUGCACCUUUUCUUUUUUUGGUAAAGGUAGGUCUAAAGGUUUGUAUUUUGUUUUUGCAAA